CAAUAAUAAUAAAGCAGCUGCUGAAAUUGAAAAGUUUUUCGAGAAAUGGCACGUAAACUAACAAUUUUAUAUGGCAGCCAAACUGGCUACGCACAAGAUUUGGCCGAAUACAUAUGGCGUGAAUCGAAACGGUAUUAUUUCAAGGGCACUGUUAUGUCAUUGGAUAAAUAUGAUAUUCAACAAUUGAUUUAUGAAAAGUUUGUUGUGUUUGUGUGUUCAACAACUGGUCAAGGUGAAGAACCGGACAAUAUGAAAACAUUUUGGCGAUUUUUAUUGCGUAAAAGUUUACCACCCGAUUCAUUGUGUUCACUAAAUUGUGCCGUACUGGGUAUGGGCGAUUCAAGUUAUGAAAAAUUCAAUUUUGCUGCUAAACGUCUUAACAAACGUUUACAACAACUUGGUGCGAAUCUUUUAAUUCCAAUCGGACUGUGUGAUGAUCAACACGAUUUGGGACCGAGUGCUGUUUAUGUUAAUUGGUUAAAUGAUUUAUGGAAUGAGCUUCUUAUACGUGCACCCCUUCCGGAUGGCCUUAAACCAUUGACCGAAACACCGCGACAAUUCCGAUGGAAUGUCGAAAUUGUUAAGACACACAAAAUCACUGAAUCGAUUGAAAAUGUUUAUGAAAAUUAUCGAGAUGCUGUUUUCGAUAAAACCACUUUUAAAACAACUGUAAUUGAAAAUAGACGAACGACGGCCGAAGAACAUUUUCAAGAUGUGAGGCUAAUUAGUUUCAAGAGUGAUCUCUUAAAUUGGCAACCCGGCGAUGUGCUCGUUGUGCGACCAAACAAUUCCGAUGAACAAGUUGAUGAGCUGUUUGAUAUCUUUAAUGAGCAUAAUUUCGAAUUUGGUGCCGAUACAAUAGUUCAACUUCAUGAAAUUGAUGCGGAAAUGCCGGUGCCAGAUUUUUUGAAAGCCGUACUCCCAUUGAAAACAAUAGCAAAACAAUUAUGGGAUUUGAAUGCCGUUCCACGGCAACAUGUUUUUAAAGUUCUAUCUCUAAAUUGUGAAGAUGAAUUAGAAAAAGAAAAAUUAUUGGAAUUCACCACGGCCGAAGGUCAAGAAGAAUUAUUUACGUAUGCAAAUCGACCGAGACGUACAAUUCUAGAAGUGUUACGCGAUUUUCAUAAAUCAACUUCGAAAUUAAAUCUAGAGUUGUUGUUUGAAAUUUUUCAAUUUAUAAAAACUCGCUCAUUUUCAAUAGCAUCAUGUGUUGAACAUGGUAAACUCGAAGUGCUUGUUGCAGUUGUUCAGUACAAAACGAUACUAUCGACUCCAAGAAAAGGUCUUUGUUCAAAUUGGCUGAAGCAAUUAAAGUGUGGCGAUGAAAUUCAGGCGGUUAUCAAAAGAGGUACAUUCAAAAUUCCAAGCGAAGAAAAUUCAACAACACCGAUCAUAAUGGUUGGUCCCGGCACCGGAUUGGCACCAUUCCGAGCAUUUCUUCUGCAACAAUUUUAUCGACUCAAAAACAAGGCAAACGCUCAACAUUUUCCAUUCACAUUAUUCUUUGGAUGCCGUGGUGAAAAAUUGGAUUUUCAUUGCAAGGAUGAUUUACUGGAACUACAAGAACAAAAAUUGCUGAAACUUUUCACCGCCUUCUCACGAGAUCAGGAUCACAAAAUCUAUGUACAACAUCGAAUUACCGAACAAUGUGGAUGGCUGCGUGAACAAAUCAUCGAUAAAUCGGGCGUAUUUUUGGUGGCUGGAAAUUCAAAAAAUAUGCCCACCGCUGUCAAAGAAGCACUUUCAGAAGCUUUAAACAAUUCGGACUAUGUGCAAACAAUGAUCGAUACCGGUCGAUAUCAAGAAGAAACAUGGGCUUAGAUCAAUAAUAUUUCCAGUAUUUUUUGUAUUGACAAAAAUUAUAUUUAAUUUUUUCUUCGGUUUGAUUUUUAUCUCUCAA